AUGACACCCAUUUCAUCUAGCAAAUUCAUUUUCAUUUGUUUCUCUUUUGCUUCUGUAGUCAUUGAUUUCUCUUUCACUUUCUCUGUUCUCCAUCCAUUGGUCUCCCUAUUUCUGUCUCCACCACUGCUCCUACAUUAUCUGUCACUUUCUCCUCUGCCUCCAUUCUGUUUCUCUUUCUCCUCCUCCUGCAUUCUCUUAUAUUUUCUCCUCCUCCUGCAUUCUUUUUUUUCAUUUCCUCCUCCUCCUGCAUUCUUUUUCCUCCUGCAUUUCCUCCUCCUCCUCCUGCAUUCUUUUUUCAUUUCUCCUCCUCCUGCAUUCUUUUUCAUUUCCUCCUCCUCCUGCAUUCUCUUUCAUUUCCUCCUCCUCCUCCUGCAUUCUUUUCUUUCAUUUCCUCCUGCUCCUCCUCCUCCUGCAUUCUUUUUCAUUUCCUCCUGCUCCCUGCAUUCCUCCUCCUGCAUUCUUUUUCAUUUCCUCCUCCUCCUGCAUUCUUUUUCAUUUCCUCCUCCUCCUGCAUUCUUUUUCAUUUCCUCCUCCUGCAUUCUUUUUCAUUUCCUCCUCCUCCUGCAUUCUUUUUCAUUUCCUCCUCCUCCUGCAUUCUCUUUCAUUUCCUCCUCCUCCUCCUGCAUUCUCUUUCAUUUCCUCCUGCUCCUCCUGCAUUCUCUUUCAUUUCCUCCUCCUCCUGCAUUCUUUUUCAUUUCCUCCUCCUCCUCCUGCAUUCUUUUUCAUUUCCUCCUCCUCCUCCUGCAUUCUUUUUCAUUUCCUCCUCCUCCUCCUGCAUUCUUUUUCAUUUCCUCCUCCUCCUCCUGCAUUCUCUUUCAUUUCCUCCUCCUCCUCAUUCUCCUUUUCAUUUCAUUUCCUCCUGCAUUCUUUUUCAUUUCCUCCUCCUCCUGCAUUCUUUUUCAUUUCCUCCUCCUCCUGCAUUCUCUUUCAUUUCCUCCUCCUCCUGCAUUCUCUUUCAUUUCCUCCUCCUCCUGCAUUCUCUUUCAUUUCCUCCUCCUCCUGCAUUCUCUUUCAUUUCCUCCUCCUCCUGCAUUCUCUUUCAUUUCCUCCUCCUGCAUUCUCUUUCAUUUCCUCCUCCUGCAUUCUCUUUCAUUUCCUCCUCCUGCAUUCUUUUUCAUUUCCUCCUCCUGCAUUCUCUUUCAUUUCCUCCUCCUCCUCCUCCUGCAUUCUCUUUCAUUUCCUCCUCCUCCUGCAUUCUUUUUCAUUUCCUCCUCCUCCUCCUGCAUUCUCUUUCAUUUCCUCCUGCUCCUCCAUUCUCUUUCUCUCUCUCCCUCGUCCAUUCUGUUUCUCUCUCUCCCCCCUUCAUUCUCUUUCUUCCCCUCUAUCCUGUUUCUCUGUCUCUCCUCAUCUAUUCUGUUUCUCUGUCUCUCUCCGUCCUUUCUUUCUCACUCUCCUCCUCCAUUCUCUUUUUUUCUUUCCUUUUUUUUUAAUAUGCAAUUUUUAAAAAAUCAGUUUCUCCCUUCUUAUUUCUUCAAGAAGCACUUAAAUUUUUCCUUUCCUAUCCUAAUCGUCUCUCAAUUUCUCUUGUCUUUUUUCCCUUCUUUUUUGUCUCUCAUCUUCUCUGUUCUCUUAACCUUUUGUCUUUCUGUCCCUGUUCCUCUCACUGAUCUCUCUUUGUUCUCCAUGAAUCCUUCAUUAUGUUUCUCUUUCUCCUUUUUUUCAUACUCUCUCUCCCUUCAUUCUGUAUCCUUUUCACUCUCUCCCUUCAUUCUGUAUCCUUUUCUCUCUCUCCCUCCAUUCUGUAUCCUUUUCUCUCUCUCCCUUCAUUCUGUAUCCUUUUCUCUCUCUCCCUCCAUUCUGUAUCCUUUUCUCUCUCUCCCUUCAUUCUGUAUCCUUUUCUCUCUCUCCCUCCAUUCUGUAUCCUUUUCUCUCUCUCCCUCCAUUCUGUAUCCUUUUCUCUCUCCCUCCAUUCUGUAUCCUUUUCUCUCUCUCCCUUCAUUCUGUAUCCUUUUCUCUCUCUCCCUCCAUUCUGUAUUCUUUUCUCCCUCUCCCUCCAUUCUGUAUUCUUUUCUCCCUCUCCCUCCAUUCUGUAUUCUUUUCUAUCUCUCCCUUCAUUCUGUAUCCUUUUCUCUCUCUCCCUUCAUUCUGUAUCCUUUUCACUCUCUCCCUUCAUUCUGUAUCCUUUUCUCUCUCUCCCUUCAUUCUGUAUCCUUUUCACUCUCUCCCUUCAUUCUGUAUCCUUUUCACUCUCUCCAUUCAUUCUGUAUUCUUUUCUCUCUCCCUCCAUUCUGUAUUCUUUUCUAUCUCUCCCUCCAUUCUGUAUUCUUUUCUAUCUCUCCCUCCAUUCUGUAUCCUUUUCUCUCUCUCCCUCCAUUCUGUAUCCUUUUCUCUCUCUCCCUUCAUUCUGUAUCCUUUUCUCUCUCUCCCUCCAUUCUGUAUUCUUUUUUCUCUCUCUCUCUCCCUUCAUUCUGUAUCCUUUUCUCUCUCCUCUUCAUUCUGUAUCCUUUUCUCUCUCUCCCUUCAUUCUGUAUCCUUUUCUCUCUCCCCUUCAUUCUGUAUCCUUUUCUAUCUCUCCUCCAUUCUGUAUCCUUUUCUCUCUCCCUUCAUUCUGUAUCCUUUUCUCUCUCUCCCUUCAUUCUGUAUCCAUUUCACUCUCUCCCUUCAUUCUGUAUCCUUUUCACUCUCUCCCUUCAUUCUGUAUUCUUUUUCUAUCUCUCCCUCCAUUCUGUAUUCUUUUUCUAUCUCUCCUCCCAUUCUGUAUCCUUUUCACUCUCCUUCAUUCUGUAUCCUUUUCACUCUCUCCCUUCAUUCUGUAUUCUUUUCUCUCUCUCCCUCCAUUCUGUAUCCUUUUCUAUCUCUCCCUCCAUUCUGUAUCCUUUUCUCUCUCUCCCUCCAUUCUGUAUCCUUUUCUCUCUCUCCCUCCAUUCUGUAUCCUUUUCUCUCUCUCCCUUCAUUCUGUAUCCUUUUCUCUCUCUCCCUUCAUUCUGUAUCCUUUUCUCUCUCUCCCUUCAUUCUGUAUCCUUUUCUAUCUCUCCCUCCAUUCUGUAUCCUUUUCUAUCUCUCCCUCCAUUCUGUAUCCUUUUCUCUCUCUCCCUUCAUUCUGUAUCCUUUUUCUAUCUCUCCUUCAUUCUGUAUCCUUUUCUCCCUCUCCCUCCAUUCUGUAUCCUUUUCUCCCUCUCCCUCCAUUCUGUAUUCUUUUCUAUCUCUCCCUUCAUUCUGUAUCCUUUUCACUCUCUCCCUUCAUUCUGUAUCCUUUUCACUCUCUCCCUUCAUUCUGUAUCCUUUUCACUCUCUCCCUCCAUUCUGUAUUCUUUUCUAUCUCCCUCCAUUCUGUAUUCUUUUUCUCUCUCUCUCCUCCAUUCUGUAUUCUUUCUCUCUCCCUCCAUUCUGUAUUCUUUUUUUCUCUCUCUCCCUCCAUUCUGUAUUCUUUUUCUAUCUCUCCCCUUCAUUCUGUAUUCUUUUUCUCUCUCUCUCCCUCCAUUCUGUAUUCUUUUCUCUCUCCCUCCAUUCUGUAUCCUUUCUCUCUCUCUCCCUCAUUCUGUAUCCUUUUUCUCUCUCUCCCCUUCAUUCUGUAUUCUUUUUCUCUCUCCUCCUUCAUUCUGUAUCCUUUUUCUCUCUCUCUCCCUUCAUUCUGUAUCCUUUUUCUCUUUCUCUCUCUCCCCUUCAUUCUGUAUCCUUUUUUUCUCUCUCUCUCUCCCUUCAUUCUGUAUCCUUUUUCUCUCUCUCUCUCUCCCUUCAUUCUGUAUCCUUUUUUUCUCUCUCCCCUUCAUUCUGUAUUUUUUUCUCUCUCUCUCCCUUCAUUCUGUAUCCCUUUUUCUGUAUCUCUCUCUCUCCCCUUCAUUCUGUAUCUUUUUUUUUCUCUCUCUCCCUUCAUUCUGUAUCCUUUUUUUCUCUCUCUCUCCCUUCAUUCUGUAUCCUUUUUUUCUCUCUCUCCCCUUCAUUCUGUAUCCUUUUUUCUCUCUCUCUCUCCCUUCAUUCUGUAUCCUUUCUCUCUCUCUCCCUCUCCCUUCAUUCUGUAUCCUUUUUUCUCUUUCUCUCUCUCCCUUCAUUCUGUAUCCUUUUUUUCUCUUUCUCUCUCUCCCUUCAUUCUGUAUCCUUUUUUUCUCUUUCUCUCUCUCCCCCUUCAUUCUGUAUCCUUUUUUUCUCUCUCUCCCUUCAUUCUGUAUCCUUUUUUUCUCUCUCUCUCCCUUCAUUCUGUAUCCUUUUUCUCUCUCUCCCCUUCAUUCUGUAUCCUUUUUUCUCCUCUCCUCCUUCAUUCUGUAUCCUUUUUUUCUCUUUCUCUCUCUCCAUUCAUUCUGUAUCCUUUUUUUCUCUCUCUCCCCCUUCAUUCUGUAUCAUUUUUUUCUCUCUCUCCCCCUUCAUUCUGUAUCAUUUUUCUCUCUCUCUCCCUUCAUUCUGUAUCUUUUUUUCUCUCUCUCCCUUCAUUCUGUAUCUUUUUUUUCUCUCUCUCUCCCUUCAUUCUGUAUCUUUUUUUUCUCUCUCUCUCCCUUCAUUCUGUAUCUUUUUUUUUCUCUCUCCCUCUCCCCUUCAUUCUGUAUCUUUUUUUUCUCUCUCCCCUUCAUUCUGUAUCUUUUUUUUUCUCUCUCUCUCCUUCAUUCUGUAUCUUUUUUCUCUCUCCUUCAUUCUCAUUCUGUAUCCUUCUGUAUUUUUUCUCUCUCUCCUUCAUUCUGUAUCCUUUUUUCUCUCUCUCCCCCUCAUUCUGUAUCCUUUUUUCUCUCUCUCCCUUCAUUCUGUAUCCUUUUUUUCUCUCUCUCCCCUUCAUUCUGUAUCUUUUUUUCUCUCUCUCUCUCCCUUCAUUCUGUAUCCUUUUUCUCUCUCUCUCCCUUCAUUCUGUAUCCUUCUUUUCUCUCUCUCUCCCUUCAUUCUGUAUCCUUUUUUUCUCUCUCUCCCUUCAUUCUGUAUCUUUUUUUUCUCUCUCUCUCCCUUCAUUCUGUAUCCUUUCUCUCUCUCUCCCUCUCCCUUCAUUCUGUAUCCUUUUUUUCUCUUUCUCUCUCUCCCUUCAUUCUGUAUCCUUUUUUUCUCUCUCUCUCCCUUCAUUCUGUAUCCUUUUUUUCUCUCUCUCUCCCUUCAUUCUGUAUCCUUUUUUUCUUUCUCUCUCUCCCCUUCAUUCUGUAUCCUUUUUUUCUUUCUCUCUCUUUCAUUCUGUAUCCUUUUUCUCUCUCUCCCUUCAUUCUGUAUCCUUUUUUCUCUCUCUCCCUUCAUUCUGUAUCCUUUUUUCUCUCUCUCUCCCCUUCAUUCUGUAUCGUUUUUUUCUCUCUCUCCCUUCAUUCUGUAUCUUUUUUUUCUCUCUCUCUCCCUUCAUUCUGUAUCUUUUUUUUCUCUCUCUCUCUCUCCCUUCAUUCUGUAUCCUUUUUUCUCUCCCUCUCUCCCUUCAUUCUGUAUCCUUUUUUCUCUCUCUCCCUCCCUUCAUUCUGUAUCCUUUUUCUCUUUCUCUCCCUCCCUUCAUUCUGUAUCCUUUUCUCUCUCUCUCUCUAUUCCUUCAUUCUGUAUCCUUUUUCUCUCUCUCUCUCUUUCUUCAUUCUGUAUCCUUUUCUCUCUCUCUCUCUCUCUCUCUCUCUCCCUCACUUCAUUCUGUAUCCUUUUCUCUCUCUCUCUCCCUCACUUCAUUCUGUAUCCUUUUUUCUGACUCUCCUCUUUUAA